AAGUGUAAAGGAGAAGGCAAAAAGUGGUGAAGAAAAAAGGCCAUUCCCUUUGCAAGAAGAAAGAGUGAUAGACACACACACCACACCUCACAUGAAACGUGAGCUAUGCACGCACACACACUCAUUGCUGCAACCAAGAAACCAAAAACCAAUCUCUCUCUCUCUCUCUCUCUCCUCUCUCUCUCCUCCGAAUAAAUUUCACAAAAUUUCAUAUAUAACAACUCAUUUUCCCAAGAAAAUCACAGUGAACUAGAAAACCAUAUCAAAGAAGAACUCUAAAGAAGAAGAAUAACAUUCAUUAAUAGAUCCAAACAAUCACACUCAGAUAAAAACUUUGACUCAAGUCUCGAUCAGACGGAUGUCCACCGUCUGAUCCUUUGACCCGAAGUUCCACCAUUCGAUCUCUCUCUCUCUCUCUGUCUACUUCAAUGGGAGCUCGCUGUUCCAAAUUCUCUCUCUGCUGGUUCCACUCCCACCUGAAACCUUCCGUUCUGGAAACUUCCGACCUCGAGAAUGGAGGCAAGAGUGAUCGGGAGUUAUGGCCGAGCUUCAGCGAGUUCAGCCUGGAGAACCUCAAAGCCGCCACGAACGGAUUCUCGUCGGAGAACAUAGUGUCCGAGCACGGAGAGAAAGCUCCCAACGUCGUUUACAAAGGAAAGCUCGAAGGCAGCCGGUGGAUCGCCGUCAAGCGAUUCAACAAGUUCGCUUGGCCCGAUCCUCGUCAAUUCCUCGAGGAAGCGAGGUUGGUGGGGAAUCUGAGAAGUGAGCGAUUGGCGAAUCUGAUCGGUAGUUGCUGCGAAGGCGAUGAGAGAUUGCUCGUCGCCGAGUUUAUGCCUCAUGAAACUCUUGCCAAGCAUCUUUUUCACUGGGAGGCCCAGCCCAUGAAGUGGGCCAUGAGAUUGAGAGUGGCUUUGUAUUUGGCACAAGCACUUGAAUAUUGCAGCAGUAAUGGACGUGCAUUGUAUCAUGAUCUCAAUGCUUAUAGGGUUUUGUUUGAUGAGGAUGCAAAUCCCAGGCUUUCCUGCUUUGGCCUCAUGAAGAAUAGCAGGGAUGGCAAAAGUUACAGUACAAACUUGGCCUUCACGCCUCCAGAGUACCUGAGAACUGGUAGAGUGACACCAGAAAGUGUGGUGUAUAGCUUUGGAACGUUAUUGCUGGAUCUUCUGAGUGGCAAACAUAUACCCCCCAGUCAUGCACUUGAUUUAAUUCGUGGCAAGAAUUUCCUGAUGCUGAUGGAUUCGGCUUUAGAGGGUAAUUUCUCCAAUGAUGAUGGAACUGAACUUGUGCGGCUAGCUUCCCGCUGUUUACAAUACGAAGCACGUGAGAGGCCAAAUGCAAAGUCGCUUGUCACUUCUCUCUUGUCACUUCAGAAAGAAGUAGAGGUUCCGUCGUAUGCAUUGAUGGGUAUCCCACAUGAAACUGCAUCCUCAACUCAGCCAUUGUCAUUAACACCUUUUGGUGAAGCUUGUGUGAGGAUAGAUCUCACUGCUAUCCAUGAAAUAUUGGAGAAGAACGGAUACAAGGAUGAUGAAGGCAUAGCCAAUGAGCUUUCUUUUCAAAUGUGGACAAAUCAAAUGCAAGAUACUUUGAACUCCAAGAAGCAUGGGGAUGCUGCUUUUCGAGCUAAGGACUUCGCAACUGCAAUAGACUCUUACACACAAUUUAUCGAUACCGGGACCAUGGUAUCACCGACUGUGUAUGCCAGGCGUUGUCUUUCUUAUCUCAUGAGCGACAUGCCUCAAGAAGCACUAGGGGAUGCAAUGCAGGCUCAAGUGGUGUCUCCUGAGUGGCCUACUGCUUUAUACCUCCAAGCAGCCUGCCUCUUUAGCCUUGGCAUGGAUAAUGAUGCACAGGAAACACUCAAAGAUGGGACAAACUUAGAAUCUAAAAACAAUAAGAAUUCAUAAGUGUAUAGCUUUCUGUUUUUCUACUGACAUUUUUCUUUCUGCUCAAAUAUAUGUAUCUAUUAUUUAUUUGUUAUCAUUUUUUUUCC